AUGCAGGGAGCGGGAGCCCCCCUGCGCCGGGACCCCUCCUCCAGGGAGAUGGGUGCCCUGGGCCGCUCAGGGGUCAUACGACUCACCUACGCGCUGGUGACCCUGGCGCUCACCUGCCUCUUCAUGCGGUUCUCCAUCAUGCCGUACCUGACCCGGAGGCUGGGCCUGGACUCUGUCGCCUUCGGCCACCUGCAGACCACCUUUGGGGCGCUUCAGCUGCUGGGCGGGCCCGUGUUCGGCAGGUUCGCGGACCAGCACGGGGCCCGCGCCGCCUUCACGGUCACCUUCCUGGCGUCCUCCGCCUUCUACCUGCUCCUGGCGGCCGCCUGCAGCCCGGCCCUGCCCGGCGUGGCCCUGCUCUACGCUGCGCCCUUGCCUGUGGCCUUCAUGCAUGGGAUGCCAGUCGCGCAGAUGAUCGUCGCGGACCUGUCUGCACCCAAGGCGCUGCCCGCGGCCCUGGGCCGGCUCGGCCUGUGCUUCGGGGUGGGCAUGAUCUUUGGCUCACUGCUCGGCGGGACCCUGAGCACCACGUGCGGGAUGCAGUGUCCAGCGUCCGUGGCACUUGUGGCCAACCUCGUGGGAGCCGUCCUCAGCCUCACCUGUAUCCCUGUCAGCACUAAAGGGGCUCGUGCCGCGGCUGCCCCACCAGGCAGACCCCAGGCCAACAUGUUUGACCUGAAGGCCAUCACCCACCUGCUGCUGCAAUCCGGGGUCUGGCCUGUGUUCCUCAUCAAGGUGGCAUCCGGCCUCCCCUUCGGGCUCUUUAUGGUCAUGUUCCCCAUCAUCUCCAUGGACUUCUUCCAGCUGGACGCCGCCCAGGCUGGCUACCUCAUGUCCUUCUUCGGGAUUCUUCAGAUGGUCAUUCAGGGCCUGGUGAUCGGGCGGCUGAGCAGCCGCUUCUCGGAGAGGGCACUGCUCCGGACCAGCGUGCUGGGCUUUGUCCUGGUGGGACCGGCCAUGGCACUGAUGUCCAACGUCUUCCACUUCUGCCUCCUGAUGCCCGGCCUGGUCUUCAGCGUGUGUGCCCUCAACGUGGUCACCGACAGCAUGCUGACCAAGGCUGUCCCAGCCUCAGCCACGGGGACCAUGCUGGGCCUCUGUGCCACCGUGCAGCCAUUGACUCAGACCCUGGGGCCCACCCUGGGCGGCCUCCUGUACCGCGGCUUCGGGGUCCCCAUCUUCGGCCACGUGCAGUUUGCCAUCAACCUCCUUGUCCUCCUGGUGCUCUGGAGGCAGCCUGUGCCCCAGAAGAAGGACUGAGUCUGGUGACCAGUGGCCCCAGGGGACAGACUGGCAAUAAACUCUUCCAGCCUGA